AUGGGUUGCGCUGGCUUAGUCGCGUUCUCCGUAUACCAGUUGACCGACUUCCUCAAAGAACCCUCUUCGCCUGACGACGCGAAGCCUGGAAACGAGCCAGGAGCCUGUCCAAUCAUGGUCGCUAUUGUCCCAUUCAUCCGGUCACUUUCCAACAUGGAUGAUAGCGUUGCGGAGCUCAAUCGAUGGUUGGUCGAUCAGGCUAUUCAUGUCCCAGAUGGCUGGGUCGAAGCAUGUGUCCAGUGGCUGGUGGAAGAACACGGAGGCCUCCAUGCAUGCAAUCAGCUGACCAUGUCCGAUUGGUGUCAGCUGAUCUACGAACAAUGGUUGCAUACAGAUCUGCAUCAGCUGGCCUGUGCUGUUCUACCUGAAUCAGCUGAGCGUACUGUGACCACUUCAGACUAUCGUAGUCGUACGUCCUCCUUGGCGAUGAAGCUGGAGGGUGAACUCUGUCUUCAAGGUAUUUUCAUUUCUAUUCCUCAGGUUGUUGGUUUAUUCAACGUGGGAGAUUCGUAUUACGGCCAGCUAAGACACAACGAAGGCAAUCUGAGUGCGAACAUUCCACCUUUGGAUAACCUAGACGCUGAUUUGGGCGCGGAUCCUGAUCUGACUCAGAUGACACAGGCCGUUAGUCAGUACAACACGUUGGGAUGGAAUUCUCAGUACAACUCCGGACAGCAUGCGGCCAAUUCUUCAUGCAAGUCCUACGCCCUCUUCCUCACCGACGGUCUCACCCAAAUCAAAGCGGUUGAGUUCGGUAGUCUUGUACGUACAGGUCGAUUCGCUGGGCAACGUGUGCUGUCUGUGGAUGAAUUGAACCGCCGACUUCGUCCUGGUGUAAAAGUACGUCUUCGUGGUCCACUAACGCUGCGCAACAACGUGUUGCUACUUCCUGCAGGUGCAAUCGAUACACUGGGACACCCUCAGCUUCAAGUUCUCGGUGGAGAGGUGGACGAGGUACUCACCGGCCAAACCGGUAAUCUGAUGUACCAGCUGGGUGUCUUUCUGGCCCGUAAACUCAACAUCUCCUUACCUGAUGAUGGCACCCUGCCAGCUGGCUUUCCGCGGGUCACCCAACUUGGUGGGAGGACUACUGCAGAUUCUGCAGACACAACAACUGAACGGGAAAUGACAGCACAUGACGAUCACGCCCCAGUUGUCCCUAUGGUUCAAUUAGUUGCGUCUUCAAGUGGAGGGCAAGCUCUUGAGCCGUGGGAUAAUGAUGACGAGGCUCUAUUGAAAAGUUUUGAGCAGCUUAUGUCUUCUUCGUCUUCUCAGGUCUCUAAAAGUGAUUUCAACCAACCAGAAACCAAACCUUGUUCUCAACUGAACUCAGCUGUCGCGGAUGCACCAUCCGCCCCAAACGUAGACGAUUCGUGGGAACAGACGGACAUAUCCUUGGAGGUCGAUCCAGAUGUGCUUGCUUCCGCAUUCGACGAACUGGAAAGUGCUAAUCUUGUGAACAAACCAUGUGAAUUCACAUCACCAGACCGCCCUGAUCCAACACCCUCUCCCACACCUGCUGCAAAGCAAGGUGCGUCCACACGGAAAAAUUUAGGCGUCAAAUCCUCUCUUCGUCAGACGGUGCUGAAUGUGACCGCCGAGAAACCGGCCGUUUCGAACACGGAUAUCACAACGACCGCUCGAGUCUCUCGUGAAAACCAAAUUGAUUUGCAAAUGAGUGUAGUCCUAGUUGUUGUCGUUGUUGUUGUAAAGGGUAAUGCAUGUGCUUUCGACUGUGUUCCGUGUUGA